UUUGCAAUUGGAAAGAGGCCACUGCUUUAGCGGCGACUUCAAAGAAAGUGAGCCGUCCCCUGUAAUGCAGCCUAUUACCCUUGUCCUGAAUACUUUCAGGUUGUCCUCGAUCUUCUUCCGCUGACGUGAUGAACGUGUUGAACAUUCCAGCCUACACAUCGCCUACUCUAUGUCUUGGUAGGACGUUUGAUCAAGAAACGUCGAGCGCACGCGCAGACUUGUUUCCAUCAACUGAUAAGAUACCAAUUAAAAAGAUAAAUGUCAGCAACUUUUCCUUCAAGUACCAAGUGGUUAAAAGCAGCAAAGAUGUUAAUGACUUACUGGACAUUUCUGGUGAGCUGUCCUUACAAAUCAAAGCCAAUCUGCUGAAAGUGGAGGGGGCAGGGCAGUAUAUCAAGGAUAACAAAGUCCAAGAAGGAACGACGAAUCUUCUGGCGGUUAUGAAAUGUACCACGGUUGUUGAGACGAUCCACGGGUCAGUGAAACCAAGAGAUGAUGUAGCUAGUGGUGAAUUUCUGGAUGCGCUUGGAACUCAUUAUGUGAGGAGUGUUACGUAUGGAGUCGAAAUGGUGACCAGCCUGUCAUUUAAGUCGUCGUCAGAGUCAUCAAAGGAACAAAUCAAAGGGAAAGCUGAAGGAGAACUAAAUAUUGGGGUUGUUAACGCAGGACUCAAAGCUUCGCUCAACAAACUAUCAGCAGAUUGCAACGAUGCUUCCGAAAUCUCCAUCAAAUAUUACGCCACAGACCUACCAGACAAACUUCCAACCACCAUGGAAGGACUGGUAGAAUUGAUUGAGAACUUUCCUUCUAGACUGAUGGGCAUAAAUGAUGGCAAAGGGAUUCCUGUGCAAUUCGAGCUUCAACCAGUGAGUAGCAUCAUUUCCAACGCCAAAGUGACCAUACAACAGCAGGCGUUGUCCAGUGAAAUAGAGGAACUGGAAAACCGUUUUGAUGAUCUACGAAACACUCAAGCUCUCGCUGAGGCAUACCUUGAGAAUGAAGACGAUGACGACGUGGACGAUUUUUGCAGCGUGGUUACAGAGCUUCAACAACAGUUUAGAGAAGCAAUUAGAAUGAUGAACAGCGUGGUAGGGUCCAAGAAGAUCAAAGAAUGUAUGGAAGCAUACAAGAGUGCUCGUGAAGGACGCGCUACAAAGGGAAAAUUUGCCCGUGAAUGGAAGAAAAUACUCAAAAAUAAGAAAUCUGUUGCCACCAUCAAGCUGCCUUCAGGAGAUCCUCUAACAGUUGUUGUGUUUGGGAAGACUGGGAACGGGAAAAGCGCCACUGGAAACUCGAUCAUUGGGAAUGCAUAUUUCGAAGACAGUCCAAGUGGUAGGUCUGUGACGCAAUUUUGCAGAUUAGGCAAGAGGAGUGACGAAAGAGAUAUAACCGUGAUAGACACCCCUGGGAUCAUGGAUACGGCCCCAGUCACAGCUAUGGGAAAGGCCAGAGAAUUCGCUAAGAACGUGGUUGGUAUCAACAAUAAGAAACAACAGGAAAUUCUUCGAGAACUCUGCAAAGUUUUUGCCAUGUCCCCCGACGGUCUUGAUGCUCUCCUCAUUACCAUUAAGUACGGUGGCAGAUUCGGUCUCGAGGAUGCCGAAGCUUUAAAAAUACUCCAACAGUUUUUUGGGUCAGAAGCCCAACCUUACAUCAUUUUGAUUCUUACACAUGGCGAUCAGGCUGUUCGUGACGCAAAGAAAAAGAAGAGAAGCAUCGAGGACCAUUUAAAAUGGUAUAUCACUACUUUGCCACGCUGGGUCCAGCAAUUUAUCAAGGAAAUAGGAGAAAGGAGACUGCUGUUCGACAACAGUGUGGAUCCCGACGAAAAGCCUGAUGAUUGUAAAAAGCAAGUCUCUAACUUACUUCAGGUCAUUGAUGAGGUAAGGAAGAAGCAAAAAGGGCCUUUGAUGCAUCGCCUGAACACUGCGUCCAAAGAAGUACUUGACGAAAAAAUAAAAAAAGCCAUGGACGAGUGUGGAUUGACUAAGCAGGAAGAGACCAUUCGUCAACAACGGGCGGAAAUGGAAAGGCAGCUUAAAGAAAAACAAAAAAGUGACGUUGAGAAGCGUAAGUUGGAAAAACGCCUUGCUGAACAGAAAAAGAGACAGGCUGAGUUGGAAGACGAAAAGAAACGGUUGGAAGAAGAGAAAAGAGAGCAACAACGUAAUGAAGCUGAAAGCGAGUCAGGAGGGACUGCAACAGAAGUGAUCGAGGAAAACACUGGUGGUGGAUGUUACCCAGGCUCAGCGAUUAUCUAUGAUUCAAAUUCCCGAGCGAGACGAAUGGAAUCUUUGCAAGCUGGAGACAAAGUCCUGGUCAUUACAAGUAAUGGCAUCCAAUCGGAUACAGUUAUCACCUUCAUCCACCGUCAGCCAGAAAUUAUGGAAGAAUUUUUAAAAAUUGUCACCACAAAAGAGAAAGUCCUCCUGAUAACUGCUGACCAUCUCUUGUUUGUUGAAGUAUCGGGCCAAGCAACAGCCAUCCCUGCCAGAGAUGUUAAGAUCGGAGACACAGUGUACGUGAGGGAGAGCCAUGGUUCAGAGAAGGAUUCAGUUCGGAACAUCAGCACUGUCUACGAGAAAGGUGCCUACGCCCCAGUAACCCUGAGCGGAACUAUUCUGGUCAACGAUGUGCACACCUCCUGUUACUUUGAUGUGCUGUCCCAUGAGUGGUCCCACCGAGCCAUGGUCAUAGCUCGUGCCCUGCAUUAUGUGUCUCCAUCGAUGGUGCAAAGGAUCAGUUCUGUUGGAGAAAAAGAUGGAUUCCCAGGUUGGUCCAGACUGGCUCAUACGAUGUUGACAUUGCCCGAUUGAUAUGAACUGGAAAUUUAACUCUUGACAUUUCUAAAGACGUUUUUUAGUUUUAUACUCUUUGUAUGUGUGGUAUGGAAAACGAACAAGUGUUCGCAAUUGUAUUAGUUUGAAUUAGGGGUAAAACAAACAUCGUUUUCCUUUUUUUGAAUUUUCACUUUAAAUAGAUUAGCAGCAUUGGGUGAUACAUGAAUAUUAAUCAAUAACCAAAUUGAACUUUACCUUAGUGUUUAACCCUUAUACUCUCUUGGGUGACCAAAACAGAAUUUCUCCAUACAAUAUCAAUACAAUAUCAAGCAGACAAGUGAUGAGAAUAAGGAAAAAAAG